CUAGGAGAUGGCACUGUCACAGCUGACCAUGUCAUCAGCGCCAUCCCAGCUGCAGCCCUGGCUGAGGCGCUGCAGACUGAGGCUGAGCCGCUGGCGCGGGAGCUGCGGCACAUCCCGGCCGUGUCGGUGGCCGUGGUCAACCUGCAGUAUGAGGGAGUCACGUUGCCUGUCACGGGCUUUGGGCACUUGGUGCCUUCCUCUGAGGAUUCUGCCCUCUUGGGCAUCGUCUAUGACUCAGUGGCCUUUCCUCAGCACGACGGCUCCAGCACCACUUCAGUGCGACUGACGGUAAUGCUGGGAGGAGCCUGGUUCCAGCAGAGCUUUGGGGACCCUGCCUUGGUGGCACCAGCGCUGCUGCUGCAGCGGGCACAGGCAGCCGUGCGGGAGCAGCUGGGCCUGGAGCCGGCCCCGACCCGCUCCAUCGUCCGGGUGCACCAGGCUUGCAUCCCCCAGUACACACUGGGCCACUGGCAGCGUGCAGAGCGCAUCAGCCGGUUCCUGGUGGAGCAGCAGUUGCCCCUCAGCCUUGUUGGGGCCUCCUACGCUGGUGUCUCCGUCAAUGACUGCAUCGCCAGCGCCAAGGCGGCUGUGGGGCGGUUGCUGGGGUAA